UGGUUGUGUGUUGGUAAUCACUGACAACUGUCAAAAGUAAUUUUUCAUAUUUUGAAAAUUUCUUCAUUUCUUCUUUUAUUUACCCAAGUAUAGACUUCUUACUGUGAAAAAAUGGUUAUUCUAAGCACAUUAAGGCCGAUACUAUUGCAACAGAUAAGGACAUCUAACGCCGUAAAUCGGUGUAUGUCCGAUCAUAGAGUUUUCCCUUACCAACCCUCACGAUGGCAGUGGAACAAAUUUAAAGACUACGCCCAUUUCUACAUCCUUCUUGGCGUAAUUCCUCUGACCCUUAUUACCGUUGGUGCUAACAUCUUUAUAGGUCCUGCAACCCUUUCAGAAAUUCCAGAGGGUUAUGAACCGAAGCAUUGGGAAUACCAUCGCAGUCCUAUAAGUCGGUUUAUGGCUAAGUAUAUUCUGACGAAUCCACAGCAAGACUAUGAAAAGUUUUUACAUCACUUAUACGAAGAAAAUGAGAAAAGAAUUUUAAGAAAAUUGGAGAAGGAAGUAAAAGAGAAAAUGAAAGAGAGAAAUGAUUAUCAAGCCUACUAUUAUCAACCCGUUAUGGCGAAAUAUCACAGAAUAUCGAGAGAGACAGCUGAUAAGUUAGAAGAAAUUCGUGGUUCUUAAAUUUACUCAUACUGUAGUCAUUAUGUUGUAGUGAUGUAUUUCAUUCAAGUGGAAUAUACUGUUUUUGAAAUGAAA